AUGAGUGCAUCUGGUAUUAAUUUUACUGGUCAAAGUGUUACCACCUGUGAUAAUACAUGUAUUUUGAAUAUAUCUCAAUGGUCACGAGAUAUAGAUCCAUUUAGUAUACAUUCUCUUUGUUCAACUGAAAUAUUAACAAUAUCUCAAUCUAUGUCUUAUUCAAGUGAUGAUUGUAAUCCUCAAAAUCCAUCAAAACGACAAAAGACAGAUAUGACAUACUCCUGGAGAGAACCAAACGCAUUCGCACGUUCUCGUUCUUGUACAUUUUCUGAUUGGAUUCAUCCCGAAACAUUUAAAUCUCGAGUGAUUGAAGCUGGAUUUUUUAGUUGUAAUUUAAAAGAUCGAGUUAUUUGUAUUCAUUGCAAUCUCAUCUGUGAACAAUGGAAUACUGAACAUGAUCCAUGUGAGGUACAUAAAAUACUUUCUCCAAAUUGUCUAUUUGUUAAAUCAAUGCCUAAAUAUACUCCAUUAUCGAUCUAUGCAAAUCCUGAACAACGUUUAGCAUCAUUUUCUAAUUGGUCUAAUAAAAUAUCUUUAUCAAUAGAUAAACUUGCUCAUGCUGGUUUCAUUUUUGAUGGUUCUCAAAUCAAAUGUUUUUAUUGUCAUGGCUUAUUUAAACAUUGUGAUUCUAUUAACCAUCCACUUGUUGAACAUAUACGAUGGUUUCCUUAUUGUAAUUAUGCUAGACAACUAUGCGGUGAAGGAUUAUAUUAUAAAAUUCAACGAUCUAUAAAUACUAUGCCAAUAAAUAAUCAAUUAGAAAAUUCAUUUGAUGAAAAUACAAUAUCACAACAUGUUGCUGCAUAUGUUGAUUUACCUAGUUCAAAAUAUUUAAUUAAUCAAAAGCAAUUUGAACCAUCACUUAUUCAACGUUGUUUACAAAAUCAAUUUAGACUUAAAAAUAAUGGUUUUACUGAGAAUACUGAUCUCUAUAUUGCAUGUUUAAUUUUACAAAAACAUGAAAAAUUUGGUGAGAUAAAAAAAAAUAUCAAGAUUCCAACUGUAGAAAUGCAAAAGAUAUACAGAUCAAGACAAAUAUUGACGAAUAAUGUUUAUCAGUUAUUACCUUAUACUGAUAUAUUAAUUUCAUUUGAAAAUGAUCUUCAAGAAUAUGAAAACCAACGACAAAAAUUGAGUGAAGAAUUUAUUGAAGAAAAAAGUAUUAGUAUUGAACGAGAAAAAUCAUUACAUAAAUGGUCAUUAAUUAACCCAUCUCGAUAUGAUAUAACUAAAGGAGGUUGGAUAAUGUAUGAUAAUUAUUUUAAAUGUCCUCAUUGUCAUAUACAAUACAAUAAUUGGAAAUCAGAUGAUAAUCCAUUAAAUAUUCAUAAAUAUCUUUCACCAUUAUGUUUAUUUGUUCUUUCAACAAAUCCAUUUAAUUACGAACGAAUAUCUAUUAAAAAAAUGGACGAAGAAUUUACUGAUGAGUUUAUUAUUAAUGCUGCUUCACAACCAUAUACUGGUCUUGUUCGAGCGAGACAUGAAUCUGGUCAUACAAUCUCAGAUCGAUUAAAUUCUUUUGAACAAUUUCCAAAUCAUGUUUCAAAUGAUACUAAUGAACUAGCAAUAUCUGGCAUUUACUAUGACAAUCGUACCAAGACUAUUAAAUGUUUUUAUUGUGAAUCUAAUAUGCGUAUUAUCAAUGGAGACUCAAGCUUCACUCAAUGUUUUCAACAUCUUCAUCGUGUAUCGAAUUGCCAUUAUAUAAAACAAAUAAAUGAUGUCAAUUCACAUUCAUUAAAACAACAACCGUCUAAUAAAUGUUCAUGGUGUAUGGUAAAUGAAAAACGAUUAAUGGCUUUACCAUGUCGUCAUUUUUGUUUAUGUGAUCAAUGUGCACAUAUUAAACAAUUGUGUCCAAUAUGUCAAAUAGAAGUAACAGCUUAUGUUAUUGUAUACUCAUCUUAA